GCGCACUCACACAGGGGAACGUCCAUAUGCCUGUACGCACGCCGGUUGUAGCAGCGCUUUUAAAAACUCUUACGAGCUCACAAGACAUAUGCGCACUCACACAGGGGAACGUCCGUAUGUCUGUAUCCAUCCUGGGUGCGCAAGUACUUUCAAGCACACCAGCCAAGUUACUGUUCACAUGCGCAUUCACACAAAAGAUCAUCCAUAUGCAUGUAACCACCCUGGUUGUAGCAGCGCUUUUAAAACCUCAAGCGCCCUCACAGUGCAUAUGCGCACUCACACAGGGGAACGUCCGUAUGCCUGCACCCACUCUGGUUGUAACAGCGCUUUUAAAAGCUCUGGUGAACUCACAAGGCAUAUGCGCACUCACACAGGGGAACGUCCGUAUGCCUGUGGCCACCCUGGAUGCACAAAAGAACGUCCAUAUGCUUGUAACCACCCUGGUUGUAGCAGCGCUUAUAAACGCUCUUAUCAACUCACAGUGCAUAUACGCAGUCACACAGAGGAACGUCCGUAUGCCUGUACCCACUCUGGUUGUAACAGCGCUUUUAAAAGCUCUGUUGAACUCACAAGGCAUAUGCGCACCCACACAGGGAAACGUCCCUAUGCCUGUAACCACCCUGGAUGCGCAACCACAUGCGCACUCACACAACGUCCGUAUGCCUGUAAUCACCUUGGUUGUAGCAGCGCUCUUAAAAGCUCUGGUGAACUGA